GUUGCGUUAACCUCACGUGUAGUCCGGUGGGUUGGAAGUACGGUGUGGUCGUGGUGUUGCGACGAACUUCUCUGCCUGUUAAAUCAUAUGAAAACAAUCAAAAGUUGCUGUUUAAUUUCUGUUUUGGUCCUGUAAAUUUUGGAGCUUGUCAAGAAUAGAAAAAUGAGUUCUAGUGAGUGUUACAAAUGCCACAAGACUGGCCACUUUGCACGUGAUUGUACAUCGGGCGAUAGUCGUGGUGGUGGUGGUUAUCGUGGUGGCCGAGGCGGUGGAGGGUACCGUGGAGGUCGUGGAGACUCAAGGUCAUCCUCUAGAGCAUCCUGUUACAAUUGUGGACGAGGUGGACAUUUUGCUAGAGAAUGUCAUGAAUCUGAUAAAACAUGUUAUUCUUGUGGAAAGUCUGGUCAUAUCAGUAGGGAUUGUGAUCAUGAUGAACGCAAGAUCACUUGUUAUCAGUGUGGAAAAUCGGGACAUGUAUCUCGUGAUUGCCCUGGUGAAAGAGAUGAUCGCAAGUGUUAUUCCUGCGGAGAUACUGGUCACAUAAGCCGUGACUGCCCUGAAGGUGGGAACUCGGCUGAGAUUGACGAGACUGUUUGUUAUAGAUAAACUGGAAAUCUACAUUGGUGCUUUUUGUGAUAAUGCAUACUACUGUCGUCUGCAGACAAAUAAUUAAAUCUACAUUAUAUUUUGAUUCCUUUUUGUUGAUUGGCUUAAGAAUAUGCUUUUUGAUGUAAAAUUAAAUGCAUCAGAUUUUAUUAUUUUCACACCCACAUUUGUGGCUAAUUUGUUAACAUUUCAUUGAGUUUGAACUGUGUGUUGUUUAUGAAAGCAGUUGGAAAUGUAAUCUUCCAUUGACAUAGAUUUUAUGAUUUAACAGUUUGGUUUCUGAAACCUCUCAUACUUCAUAUUUAAAUUGAAUGUUAAAACUUUGAUGGGGAAUUUUAUAUAUAUAUGGAUGAAGAUGUAAAUACAUGUUUUUGAAUUAUAAGGAACUCUACAUUUUCACAAUCUGAUGCAAUAAUGCUUGUAAAUACAUAUGUGCUGUAUACGUUUAUGAAAAAUUGGUGUGAAACUGUUUAUAUUGGAAUAGGCUUAGAAUGUCGUAUCUACAAUUUUAAGCCAAGUAAUAUAUCUUGUAUUGAGGGCAAUAAGAUUUUAUAAUACUAUUAUUUUUUAAUUGAAAUAACUAGAAUCUUGUUGGCAAUCAACUUAUGAUUGAGUAAUCUUCUAAACCAUUUCUAGCCUUAUUAAAGUUUACUCUCUGCAUUAUUUUACAAGAAAAAAAAUGACGAACUUUCGAGGUGGUGUGGCAAGAUAUGCAUCCUUUAAUAAAAAGAAGAGCUGAAUACAGCAUUUGUUUUAUGAAGAUAUUAUCCUAUUAAGAGAGUGAGAACAGUUUGAACUUUUUAUAUUAAUAUUUUUAUAGAUUUAUUUGUAGAUGAGGUAGAGCAAUAAAAUUGUUAAUUUGUUCAGAUUUUUUUUAUAUUUUCAAUCUUAUAAAAUGUGUAUAAAAAUGAUUGUACUAAAGAUUUUACUUCAGGCGGUAGUGUUAUGCAAAAGAAUCUGUUAUGUGCCAUGGUUAUGACAAAUAAAGUUACUGCUGAAUUA